GCUACUUCCCGAACCGGGAGGACCCACACCCCGAGCCAGCCGUGCCAUGGCCACACUCCCAGCUCCAGCUGCCCCCGGACACCGGAGGGACUGGAACCCCAAAGCUGCUGCACCCUGACCCAGACGGGUUCUGCACCCCAAACCGGGAGGUGCCCAUGCCCUGAAGCAGCCAUGCAUCCCAAACUGGCUGAGCCAGCAGGGCCCUGCACCCCAAAACUGGCUGAGCCCUGAUCCUACUGCACCCUAAACCAGCAGGGAUCUGCAUCCCAAACUGGCUGAGCCAGGAAGGAUCUGCACCUCAAAUUGGCUGUGCCCUGCACCCUAAACCAGAAGGUCCCUGCACCCCAAACUGGCUGAUCCAGGUGGUCCCUCACCCCAAUUUUGCUGAUCCAGGUGGUCCUUCACCCCAAUUUUGCUGAUCUGGAGGUCUCUCACCCCAAACUGGCUGAUCAGGAGGUUCCUCACCCCAGUUUCGCUGAGCAGAAGGUCCCGCACCCCAAACUGGCUGAGCAGAAGUCCCGCACCCCAAUUUCGCUGAUCCAGAGGUCCCUCACCCCAAUUUCGCCGAUCUGGAGGUCCCUCACCCCGAUCUGCCGUGGCCAUGGAUGAGUCCCCGCCGCUGGCAGCCCAGCUGGAGCUGGAGCUGGAGCCUCUCAACGCCUCCCUGAACGAGUCCUGGGCCAACCCGUUCGUGCAGCCGCCCUGGCAGGUGGCCCUGUGGGCCGUGGCCUACGCGCUCAUCGUCGUGGUGGCCGUGGUGGGCAACGCCGUGGUCAUGUGGAUCAUCCUGGCGCACAAGCGCAUGCGCACGGUCACCAACUACUUCCUGGUGAACCUGGCCUUCGCCGAGGCCUCCAUGGCCGCGCUCAACACCGUGGUCAACUUCAGCUACGCCGUGCACAACGAGUGGUACUUCGGAGCCGCCUACUGCCGCUUCCACAACUUCUUCCCCAUUGCCGCCGUCUUCGCCAGCAUCUACUCCAUGACGGCCAUCGCGCUGGACAGGUACAUGGCCAUCAUCCACCCGCUCCGGCCGCGCCUCUCGGCCGCGGCCACCAAGGCUCUGAUCGGGCUGAUCUGGCUGCUGGCGCUCCUGCUCGCCUUCCCCCAGGGAUAUUUCUCCGUCACCGCCGAGCUCCCGGGGCGCCUCGUCUGCCUCGUGGAGUGGCCGGAGCCCGGAGGAGCUGUGUCCGGGAAAACGUACCACUUUUCCAUGACGGUCCUGCUGUACCUGCUGCCGCUGCUGGUGAUCGGCUGCGCCUACGCCGCCGUCGGCCGCACGCUCUGGGCCAGCGCCAUCCCCGGGGACUCCUCCGACCGCUACCACGAGCAGGUGUCGGCCAAGAGGAAGGUGGUGAAGAUGAUGAUCAUGGUGGUGUGCACCUUCGCGCUCUGCUGGCUGCCCUACCACGUCUACUUCACGCUGCAGUACCUGCGGCCCGAGUGGUACCUGCAGAGCUUCAUCCAGCAGGUCUACCUGGCCGUCAUGUGGCUGGCCAUGAGCUCCACCAUGUACAACCCCAUCAUCUACUGCUGCCUCAACGACAGGUUCCGGGUGGGAUUCAAGCACGCCUUCCGCUGGUGCCCGUGGGUCAGCGCCGGCGAGUACGAGGGGCUGGAGCUGCGCUCGGCGCGCUUCCUGCACACGCACAGCUCCGUGUCCAAGCUCAGCCGCAUGGACACCACCACCGUGGCCUCGGCGCUCGGCGUGGCCGAUGAGGAGCUGGACGAGCCCGGCCGGGCCGAGCGGCUCUCCCUGGACAUGACCUCCAACGGCUCCUCCCGCAGCGACUCCAAGACGGUUUCCGAGAGCCUCAGCUUCUACUCCAACACCCUGACCUAGGGAUGUCCCCUCAGUGCCACCUCGGUGUCACCGCCCUGCCUGUGCUGUGCCAGCGUUUCCCGCGCUGUUUUCCCGUCUCUUUUUCUUGGGAUGAGUUCCAUUGUGGGGCUGGACACCAGGAAUGUUUUCACUGCCUGGCUGGAGAUGGAGGGGAUGCAGGAACGGGACAGAGCCAGGUUUUCCUCCAGAAUUCCAACGCUGGCCGGCGCUUCCAUGUUCUCUGUGAGGCAGGAGGGACCUCUCGGUGCAUCCCACCCCAUGGAAAAUGACCCCAUCCUGCACCUCCCUCCUCCCAUCCUUAAUUUCAUUCUCCCUGCAGGAUAUGCAGGGGGAUCUUGAAUCCCAAAAUCCCAAAAAGGCUUUUUCCAGCUGCAUGGGGAAUAAUCAGCCACAGAGCAGAUUCUGGGAUUCAAACAGGCCUGGCCCUGGUUUGGGUCUGUUUGGCAGGAGAACCGCGGCUCCUUUGGAAGCCGCAGCCAAGGAUCCAUCCGGGAGCCAUUCCCAUUGUUCUGAGCGUUUUUCUGGGAUUGCCGUGGAUACAAGGCCUGCCCCGCCCAUCCUUGCCUUUAUUGUUGUUUUUAUUUUCUGUCCCUCGAGGGCUCCUCAGGGCCGAGCGUUCCAGGAGGGAAGCGCAGGAUCUGCUGUUCAUGGAGCAUUCCCACAGGGAAUGACGGGAUUUGGGUUUUUUGGGAUUUCCGUGUCCUUGCUGGAGCCCUGGUGUGAGGUCACACAGCCCAGCCUGGGAGCUCCCGGGGUUUAUUUCCCAUUAAAAACACCAGAAUCUCAAAAAAUUCCAAUUUUCAGCCUUCAGGAUCCACCAAGGGCCCUUCCAGCCUUCCUCAUUCUGGGAUUCUAGGAUUUUGGGAUUUAUUCCUCUCCUAAACCCUGCCCCAAAAUCCUGUGUCCAGCUGAAAGACGGACACAACCAUUAUAAUGCAAAGUUUAGCAUGGGAAUCCCCAUUUUCCUCAGAAUAUCCACCCCAAAUCCCAUUCCUGCUGGAAUAUCCACCCCAAACCCCUUUCCCACUGGAACAUCCGCCCCAAAUCCCGUCUGUAUGAAAUAUCCACCCCAAAUCCCGUCUGUAUGGAAUAUCCACCCCAAAUCCCGUCCCUGUGACUCGGACAUCCCUGGGGAAUUCGGGAUGGCGGCAGCUGGAAGGAACUUUCUGGGAAGUUCUUCCCAUGGGAGCAUCCCAAGAGAGAGGGAACCCAACCGUCCUUCCCAAAGCGUCUCUGGAUUGUCCCAGCGUGGAUUUCCAUGGAUAAAUAUUCCUUUGAUGUGGAGAAUGGUUCGUUAUCGCUUAACAAGGAGAGGAGGGGUGGGAGAGGGAAGAGGUGGAAAAGCUAAAAUUCCAUAAAAAAGAUGGAUGAUGGGUUUGGGACAACCUCAGUGGGAGGGGUUUGCCCUGAAAUGUCACUGAAACAGGAAAAGGGACAAUUCCCAAAAUUCCUCCUCAAAUUC